GCAAGAGAGUUUAUCUUCCUUUUUCAGCUUUACUUUUUUAUCAAAACCAAACAUAGCCUUACAAACACAAGACCGUGGUAGCAUAACCGAAACCAGUCCAGGUUCAGUGCACAUAAUUCCCCAUCAUUGUAUUGUAUCUGCUACACAUAAAAACAUUCUGCAUCUAACAUCUUUCGAUCAAACAAAUAAAAAUAACAAAGCGAUCCAAAAAAACACACAAACAACAAUCACCAUGGGAGAGGAAGUAGACACUGCUUUUGUCCAAGCACCAGAACACAGGCCAAAAUCCUCAGUGAUCGUGGCAGAAGGAAUCCCUCUGAUUGAUCUCUCUCCCAUAAACUACCAAAACGAAGACACCCUCUUGGAUUCUUCUAUCGAAAACUUAGUCAAAGAAAUAGGCAGUGCUUGCAAGAAAUGGGGUUUCUUUCAGGUGAUCAAUCACAAGGUGCCUUUGGAUAAACGAGAGAGGAUUGAAGAGGCUGCAAAAAAGUUCUUUGCACUUGGUUUAGAGGAAAAGUUGAAGGUGAGAAGGGAUGCGGUUAACGUGUUGGGUUACUUUGAAGCAGAACAUACCAAGAACGUUAGGGACUGGAAAGAGAUCUAUGAUUUCAAUGUUCAGGAACCCACUUUUAUACCACCCUCAGAUGAACCAGAUGAUGAGGAAAACGUUCAGUUCCAAUGGGAUAACCGGUGGCCUCAGAAUCCUCCUGAGUUCAAAGAAGCAUGCCAAGAGUAUGCACAAGAAGUGGAGAAACUUGCUUAUAAGUUGAUGGAACUUGUUGCACUGAGCUUAGGCUUAGUGCCAAAUAGGUUCCGCGGGUAUUUCACACAUAACACGAGCAAUAUCCGUCUGAAUCAUUAUCCAGCUUGCCCCUACCCUCAUCUGGCUCUUGGACUCGGACGCCACAAGGACACUGGUGUCUUGACUGUGCUUGCUCAAGAUGACACUGGUGGUCUAGAAGUUAGGAGAAAAUCAGAUGGAGAGUGGAUUCGAGUCAAGCCCAUUUUCAAUUCCUUCAUCAUCAAUGUCGGUGAUAUGAUCCAGGUUUGGAGCAAUGAUGCUUAUGAGAGUGUAGAACACAGGGUUAUGGUGAACUCUGAGAAGGAUAGGUUUUCAAUUCCAUUCUUUCUGAAACCAGCACUCUACACUGAUGUGAAGCCCUUGGAAGAGUUGCUAGAUGAUAGAAACCCUCCUAUAUAUAGACCAGUCAACUGGGGUAAGUUCCGCUCUGCAAGAAUGCGAAGUAAUUUUGCCAAAUCCAAAGUUGAAAACCUCCAAAUUUAUGAUUUCAAGUUUCCUAGUAACUGAGUCAGAGUCCAUAAAUUGGAGACCGUACAAAAUGAAAACUUGAAAAGUUUUUAAAUAGUAAAUACAAGCCCAAAUAUGCGAGAUGGUAAACUAAAUUUCUUUGCUAUCUGAAGCAAUUUUGCUUGUAUUUGUACAUAUAUACAUAUAUUUCUAAGAAACAUGCCAGAGGGAUUGGAAACAGGUUUGUGAUUUUAAUGACAAGAAAAGCCAUAACUUCACAGAACUUCCUGAAAAUUUUGCCAGAUAAAGUAACUAUGUCAAAGCAAAUUUGGUGUUACUCGGUUCCUGUGAAAUAAUCAGUGUACAGUCCAUAGAAACCUUCAGACUUCGGGUAUCUUAAUUUAACUAGCUUUUAGCCUUGUACUAAUUCUUCUUUCUGAAGACAUCGAUUAAUUUACAAAGGUCACUGACUAAUUCACUGUACGGAAGUACUACUAUAAAUAAUAAGAUUUAGUGUGUGUUUA